CCAGCGUAUUCCUCUUCGGUUCCUCCAUUGCUCCUCGCGUGCGCUCCCUCUCCUGUCUCCCCCUCCCCCUCCCCCUCCCCCUCUCUCUCGUGGAGACGACUGGGCCGCCGUCGUUGCUGCCCUACGCGGCUACGCCCAGGUCUUCUUCGGGCCCUUAGCCGCGACGAGCGCCACCAGGGAGUAGAAGAGGUUAACCUUCUGGUUGGAAACGAUGUACUUCGAAGGCUAUGGCUUCCGUGGAAGUACUUUCGAGCAGACAUAUCGCUGCUAUCCUGCGUCUUUCAUCGACAAGCCACAACUUGAGGCCGGUGACAAAAUUAUAAUGCCACCAUCAGCUCUUGAUCGUCUUGCAUCUCUGCAUAUUGAAUACCCUAUGCUAUUUGAAGUCCACAAUGCAGCAGCAGAACGGACUUCGCAUUGUGGUGUUCUGGAGUUCAUUGCAGAAGAAGGCAUGAUCUACAUGCCAUAUUGGAUGAUGCAAAAUCUUCUUUUGCAAGAGGGAGAUAUGGUGUUCAUAAAAAAUGCCAACCUCCCCAAGGGCACAUAUGUGAAGUUGCAGCCUCAUACAACAGACUUUCUAGAUAUUUCAAACCCCAAAGCAAUCUUGGAGAAAACUUUGCGGAACUUUUCUUGUCUAACUACAGGUGACAGCAUUAUGGUUGCAUAUAAUAACAAGAAGUACUACAUUGAUAUAGUAGAGACAAAGCCCUCCAAUGCUAUAAGUAUUAUUGAGACCGAUUGUGAGGUUGACUUUGCUCCACCACUUGACUACAAAGAACCUGAGCCAGUAAAACCUGCUGUUCCUGCAAGCACGGAGCCUGGUACCGACGUUCCAGCUGAAGAAGAACCAAAGUUCAUCCCCUUCACUGGUUCAGGAAGGCGCUUGGAUGGGAAGCCUUCCAAAGAUAAAGAUGUGCUAGCCUCUUCCCCUGCAAAGCGACAAGCUAAUGCGACCAACGGUGUACAGCCUUCAACAGCCACCACAUCACAGGGCAGUUCAUCGCGUAAGGCCACAGGAAAACUUGUCUUUGGCUCUGGUGGUAACCGAGCCGAAAAGGCACCUGAAAAGGAAGCAGAGGAGCCCAAGAAAGAAGACCCAAAAUUCGCAGCAUUCACAGGAAAGAAAUACUCACUGAAGGGCUGAAUAAAUAGGAAGACAAUGUAUUAUCAGUAUUUCCGGUGACGGACAUUCUCAGGGAGAAGCGCUUACCAACCCUGUUAUGUGGGAGGGUCUUUCGGUGGGAUAGUGGUCUCUGUUUCUCCUGAACUAUUACCCUUGUGUAGUUGUGUCAGCCACACCGGAGCAACUGAUGUAUAAAGCCGCUCUUGUCCGAUAAUGGAUUUCUGUUGAGCUUGCAUGUACAUUUUCUAAAAAGAUAACUGAAAUCGCCAAAAAAACUACAAAUACU